AUGGCUGCAGGGAGUUUGAGCCAUUGGCCAGGGCCAGUCACAACAAGUUCAACUUCCUUCGCCACAUGCCCCGCUCCACACAUUCAGGCGCUGGAUGCUCAAGCACCUGCCUGCUUGGAGGGUGGACGGGAGUGCGAGAGUUUGCCAGAACGAGCAGAAUUGAAAGCAUUUGCCCGAUCCAUCGAUCAGAGCUUGAAGGAUGCUCUGGAGACCACAAAGGAAGCGCGGAAGCGCUUUGAACGCCGUGUUUGUGACUACAGAUAUGCAGAGAUCGAGGACAAAGGACAAGUUCUGGCAGAUGCUUACGGUCCCAACGGGCCAAUGAAGCCUGGAGGGAGCUAUUUGUACGAAUUGAGGCGUUGGGUGGAUGCUGUCCAAGAGUUAAACCAUGAGUGCUCGUUGCGGCAAGGUGAUGUUUGUGUCAACCUGCUCUCCUACCUGCGCAAUUAUCCACAAACGGAUCAAGAUGCCAAUGGAGGUCACGGGGUGCUGGGGUCAAAGUUGUACAAUGAGAUCCGCCUGGCUUGCGAGGUUGGAAAGAAGAGGGCUCCAGUCCCAAAUGACAGUCCAGUGUGGUGCGACAACAAGACCAAGCUCUGUGAAAGGACAUCAUGCAGACACUGGUGGCACGAAGUGCACCCUCUUAAAGCACAACCGCACCCUUGGGUCGACGAUCGCAUCGAGUAUGACCAGUUGAAGAACAUUUGCACCGCUAUUGAAAGGCCUCAGAUUAUCUCAGCUGAUUUGGACAGAUACCAGAAGACGGCAGAGGCUGGCGCCUUGCAUUUGCGAGAGGAGUUCUGUACGCCAAAAUGGAUAGAUGGCUACUGCGAAGCCAAAGUGGCCCCACGUUUACAUGCAAAGUGCACCUUAGAGAAUGGUCAGUACUGCAAGAAGGGCCUGGUGCAUGGCGGCUCCGACGCAGACAUCACCCAGGAAUGGAGUGACGCUUUCAAGGAGCCUGCAGUCCAGGUGUCGCAGAUGGCUUUUUGGUUGCAAAGCCCAACCAGAGCUGAGCAGAAGAAAACUAGCCUGGCUAGUUUCUUGUAA